AUGUCGGCGCCGCCCUCCGGCUCUGGCUCCCAGCCGCCGCCAGCGCCGGCCAGCGAGAACUUCAGCCCGGAGCUGCUGCGCAUGUACUACGACCGCGUCUUCCCGGCGGCCGCCAUGUGCCGGUGGCUCGGCUACGGCACGGCGCAGCUGGCCGACACGGGCGCGCGGCUUCUGCAGCGGCGCGAGUUCUCCUUCACAACGGGCGACGACGUGUACAUCCGGUACCUGUCGUACGAGAACGAGGCCGGCCUCAAGAAGGACCUGCUCGCCAAGCUGCCACACAAGAUUGACAUCGGAGCCAUCUUUUCCGCGCCGCCGUCGGACCACAAGAAGUACAAGCUCUUCGAGCCGAAGCAGCGCGAGCUGAUCAUCGACAUUGACCUGACCGACUACGACUUCCUCGAGGUCGACGUCAAGCGGCUCGAGACGUGCGACCGCUGCUGGCCGCUCAUGGCGCUCGCGAUGCGUGUGCUGGAGCGCGCGCUGCGAGAGGACUUUGGGCGCGGCCUCGGCUCUGGCGGGGGAGGGCGGCGGCAGGGCGCGCGGGCUCAGGGCCACAUCCUCUGCGUCUACUCUGGCCGCCGCGGCAUCCACUUGUGGGUGUGCGACGCGCGCGCGCGGCGGAUCCCUUCCAUGAAGUGUCUCGGAUCCUUCCAGGUGCGCGGCGCCGUCGCCGACUACCUCGGCCCCGUCCUCGCGCCGGCUACCGGGCGGUUUGCGAUCCGCACUCCGAUGCACCCGUCGCUGGCGCGCGCGUACAAGGACGAGCUCGAGCCGUUCUUCCACUCGCACAUGCUCAAGGGCGAGGCGGCGGGCGGUGUGUGUGGUGGCGCGUCUCGCAGGCAGAAGAAGCUGCUCGCGAUGCUCGAGAACGAGCAGAUCGCGGAGCAGCUGCUCGACGCCUUCGAAAAGCGGCCGGCGAUGAGCGGCGCCGAGCGGUGGAAGAGGAUCAAAAGCGAGUGCAAGACGCCAAAGCUCGCCGCGGUCCUCACGGAGGUGGUCUUCACGUACACGUACCCCCGCCUCGACGUCAACGUGUCCAAGGGCAUGAACCACCUGCUCAAGUCGCCGUGGUGCGUCCACCCGAAGACCGGCCGCGUCUGCGUGCCGGUCAACGUGAGCGAGUGUGAGGAGUUCGACCCGAGCUCUGUCCCGACCCUCAAGACGAUCGCGGACGACCUCGACGCGGGAGGCGCCUCGCUCAAGGACGGGAGGGACAUCUCGCGCACCCGCCUCGCGCCCUUCGAGGCCGCCUUCGACGCCUUCCUCGCAAAGUGCGAGAACGCGAUCCGCGGGGAGCGCGCGCGAGAGAAGGCGGCGGCGCCCCUCGCGAGCUCCGGCGCCGAGCUCUUCUGA